AUGCAGAACGGCCCAGAUCAACGUCUCAGGAAGAGUCCCGCGUUCCGCCCGAAGGACGAGUCGUCGGAGGAGGCGGAGCGGGCGCGGCUCGCCGCCGUCGAGGCGCUGCGGGGGCUCCAGGAGGAGGACCGCGCGCUCGGGCCGAGCACCCCGGGCCGGCAGAGCGCGACGCGCCGGGGCGGCGUCCAGCGGCGUCCAGACGGCCCGGACGAGGGCACCCGGAAGCAGCCCACCGUCCGCCCGAGGGGCGAGUCGCCUCGGGAGGCGGAGCGGGCGCCGCUCGCCGCCGCCGAGGCGCUGCGGGGGCUCCGGGAGGAGGGCCGCGCCCUCGAGCCGAGCGGCCCGGGCGGGCCCUCUGCCGGCCGCGGCCGCGGGGUGCCGCUUCUCGACGGGCUGUUCCUGGUCGUCGGAGAGGCUGCCUGA